UUGAUACUAUUGUGAAUUUAUUUAGCAGAGAACGAACGAACAAUCGUUCGUGUGGUCAUUCCUUCGCCCAUUUUCCAUCAAUCAGUGAACGAAUAUUCUUUCCUCAAGAAAAGUUCGAAAAUUUCGAAACGAAACAGUUGUGGUUUGUUUACUUGUUUUGUUAUAAACAAAGUAUUUUUAUAUUGGCUGUAAUGGGUUGGCCAACUGAAAAAUUGCUUCAACUCAUUGAUCUAUAUAAAAUGUCGCCAUGUCUUUGGGAUCCGCAAGAUAGAUACUAUAAAAAAAGUGUAAUUAAGGAUAGAGCUUGGCAAAGCAUCAGCACUAAACUGGGCUACAAUCCGGUUGCAACCAAGAAGAAAAUGGAUUCAAUACUUGCUUGUUACCGACGUGAGCGGAAGAAACAUGAACUUGAUGACUAUCAUGUUUCCAAGUGGUUCGGCUAUGAGCCAUUAAGUUUCCUGGCUUACAGAUCACAAGUUAAGAAACCCCAAUCCGAGCACCAUGAUCCUCUGAGCAACAUUAUACAGCGCGACAAAUCACCCAGCCAGCUGCUACAACAACAACCCAGCUACGACCAUUCCUUUGAGCCCAAGCAAAGUAAAGUGCACAUCGAAGAAACUGAAGUGGUUUCAGACACAGAAAAAGAAAGUAGCCGCUGUCGCCGAAAUAACAAAAAUAGUCUCGAGAGCAACAGACGAGACGUUAGUGAUGUCUUUGGCGAAUAUGUGGCAACAAAGCACCGAAAGUAUAGUGACCAUGUCAAGAAUGUCAUAGAGCAUCAAAUUGCACAAAUUUUAUUUGAUGCAGAUAUGGGAACCUAUAAUCCUGGAACAACAACAACGAUUACAAUUUCCGGAAGAGCGCCACCUAUUGACACUGAGGCAGAAGGAUCGGAAGAUUUUAUGAAUGCAAAUUAAAUUAAUAAAGGAAGUUUUAAGUUUUAAUAUUAGAAACAAAUAAGUACAUACAUAAUUAGGGGGAGUGUGCACAUAGAGACGUAGAGAAAAAACAGAAUCACAAGAAAAAUAGCUUCAUGCAUAAAAAAGCGAAUAACACAAAAUUCAAUAGAUUUACUUUUCCCUCUUAUACUGUGUUUACUAACCCGCACACCUUUAGUUCAUACACUUCACACUUUUAGUUCAUACAAAUUUGAAGCAAAAAUAUUUCAAAGUGUAUAAACUAAAGGUGGGCACGGUAGUAUACACGGAAACUAUUGGUGUUGCUCGUUUCAUUUAAAAGGUGUUUGCACGAGGCGAUUUUGCGUUCAACUCACGCAGGG